CAACCAUUCCAUUGUCGAACAGAGCUCUUCAUUUCUGGCGCCAAAGCCGCCGAAACGCUUCCCUGAGAAAGUAUCUCCCUCUCUCUAUAGGGUUAGAGGUUUCUCUCUCAUCAUCUCACAUCUAGGGUUAGGGUUUUGAUCUCUCUCUCACCAAUCAAACGGUCCGGAUUCGUCACUUUCGGAAUCGACGGUCGGAUUACGCUCGCUGGCCGUCAAAAUGCCGACGCCAUCGGCAUCACGAACCGGAUACGGCGGGAUUCCUUCAUCCCUACCCCCGACUUCAACCUCUCGCCUCGAGUUCCUCUCCCGUGCGAAGGAGAGUGCCAGAUCGACGGUCGCAGCUCGACGGCCCUGGCGCGAUCUCUUCAUUCCGUCGUCCUUCGGUCGCCCCUACUCGUGCGGUGAGGCCCUCGUCCGCCUCAGGCGCAAUCUGGCCCACUUUCGCGUGAACUACGCGAUUGUCGUUCUCUUGAUCCUCUUCCUCAGCCUCCUAUGGCACCCGGUCUCCAUGAUCGUGUUCUUGAUCGUCUUCGUUGCCUGGCUCUUUCUCUACUUCUCCCGCGAUGAACCCAUCGCGAUCUUCAACCGGAUGAUUGACGAUCGUCUGGUUCUGAUCGCGCUUGGUAUCGUCACUGUCGUAGCUCUUGUUUUCACACAUGUUUGGUUGAAUGUUCUGGUCGCGGUGAUAAUUGGAGCUGUGGUUGUCGGUUUGCAUGCGGUGUUUAGGGUUCCGGAUGAUCUUUUUCUCGAUGAGAAUGAAGCGGCAGAUGGAGGGUUGAUUUCAGUUGUGAGUGGUCGGAUGGGUCAUACAUACGGUCGUUGAGGUUCGAUUCGAAGUGAAUGGGGUUUGAUAUGUUAGACAGGCCGCAUGCCUUAUAUAGCUACUUUCCAUAGAUGAUGUAUAGCUAAUUUUCAUAGAUAGAUGAUUCUGUUUUUAUCAUUUACCUUGACUGUAGAUCUCUGUAUAUUCAACCCAUUAGGGUUGUCUCAAAUACAAGAAAACCAAUUGUCUUCUCUUUGUUUUCAUGGAAUCAGAGCCAUACCGAUCCUAAUAGCUCUACAAGGCAUGCGGCCUAUCUAACAUGAUAUUUUCAUCAUCCGAUCAUCCCAUGGAAUUUUCUCAAUUACGUUGCAUUAUACAGAGGUAUCUUGUAUCAGUUUUCAAGCAACUGUUCUGAUUUCUGAAUAGGGGUGAUUAUGUCUGCAUAUUGUUCUUGCUUCAAAACAGAGCUGUUCCCUGGUCAGAUUACGCUAUUUUUCUCAAUUACACUGCUAAUGGGUUUUCCACUGAGGUAUCUUGUAUCAGUUUCCAAGGAACAGUUCUGAUUUUUGAAGAGGGGUGAAUGCGUCUUCUUGCUUCACAACAGAGCUGGCUGGAUUACACUUGUUUUCUCAACUACGUUGCGGAUGGAUUUUCCACUUGAGGUAUCUUGUAUCAGUUUCCAAGGAACGGUUCUGAUUUCUGAAGCGGGAUUAUUGUGUCUGCAUAUUGUUCUUGCUUCACAACAGAGCUCGACGGAUUACACUACAUCGAGGUUACAUGUUUUUUUUUCCUACGUUGCCAUGUUUCUCGAUUUAUCUGUAAAUUCUCAACCUCUAAUUCAUCAUAAUAUUGGCUUCUUUUAAAUUUCAAAUGGCUGCACAUUCGGUUGUUAGAAUGGAAGUGAAAAUUGCAUGAAGUGGUGAAUAGGAUUACCCUUGGUGUGAAAAUUUU